AUGGAAACAAAUGUACAAUUAGAUGAAUGUGACGGAAUACAGAAUCUAUCAAAAAGUGCGGCUAAAAUAGCAUUUCACAAUUUUAAAUGGCAUUAUGUCACUUUGGUACUAAUUAAUUCUAUAGUUUCAUGCGGUGUAAGUGCUUUUCUGGAAGCAUAUAACAAGACUGCGAUUGUUGCGAAUUUAAACCUUAUACCAAGAUUUUCUGAUACCACAAAACAAUUUGUUUUAUUUGGACAAACUAUGAAUGAUGUUCUUUAUUUAAUACAAUCGCUAGAGGACAAUGGAUUCAAUUACAUUGGCGAUUUUUUGAUAAUCUGCCAAUCAAAUGAUUUUAACGACUGCGAUGAGACAGAAGCUGUUAAAAUUUUAUGGAAUCAUAAGGUUGUGAAUGUUGUUUUUAUAAAACAUAAACCAAACUAUGGUGCAAUUGGCUAUACUUAUGAAUUUGGAGUUGAUUGUAAAAAUUCUCCUCCAACGAAAUUGAAAUAUUGGGAUAACUGUAUAAGUGACGGUCACGAUUGUGAAAAAAUGUUUCCAGUGAAAUUCAUAAAUCUUUACCGCUGUCCGAUCAUAGUUUCGACGUUCAUUCAAGUGCCUUACAUGAAUAUCAAUGAUGGUGUCCCAUCAGGAGCUGAUGGUGAUUUGUUGCGUAUUUUAAUUGAAGCACUAAAUGCAACGCUUGUUAUAAAGACACCACAUCGAGGUAAUGGUUGGGGAAACCUGGACGAGAACGGGAUGUGGGUCGGCUCUCUUGGCGACUUAUAUUAUGAUUUAGCUAAUUUUUCAAUGACAUCUGCAAGUAUUACUCAGUCAAGAUACUUGGAUUUUCAAAUGUCCAAUUUUUAUUACGCUAUCAUGUUAGGGUGGGUAACACAUCCACCCGAAAUGGAGAUGUCUUACUGUAAACUUUUAAGACCUUUCAAAUUAGAUACACAAAUUGCUUUUUUAAUUUCGUUCAUACUUGUUAUAGUUAUUGUUUUGAUUUUUAAAACAAGAAUUUGUAAAUAUAUAUAUAAGAAAAUGAAAUUUGGUCGAAUUCCCGAUAAAGUUUUAUUUUCCUCAUGGGAAAUGUGCAUGGGUCAGCCGAUUUCACCUUUUUCCUCAAAUAUGUCAUUAUCUUAUUUGGUAUUGAUAUGGAUUUGGUACUGCUUUUUAAUGAGAACAUUUUAUCAAGUUCAUUUAAUAAAUUCAUUAAAAACUGAUAUUUAUUUGACAGAACUUUUAAGUAUAGAAGAAGCAAUACAAGCCGAAUAUCCCUUUGGCGGUGGCUCUGCUUUAAAAGAUUAUUAUAUUGAUAAUUCUUUAGUAUACGAUAAUUGGAAACAUAUGGACAGUAAUGAAUAUCAUUCGAUAAUGCUCAAUCUCUCUGAAGGAAUGAAAUUUGUUUUAGCGAUGAAUCUAGCUACGGCUAAAGUUUUUCUAAAAGAACCCGGUAGGAGGUUACAUAUAUUACCCCAUAAAAUAAUUAAUUGUCCAUCAGUAAUAUUUUUCAAAAAGUUUUCACCUUUAGUGCCACCAAUUAAUAGAAUAAUUGAACGUUUAGUCGAAUUUGGAUGGGUUGAUAUGAUUUAUAAAAAUAACACCAUGACUAAAAAUAUCGAUAGGUCUGAAAACGUAGAUAAACCAAUAAAAUUAAGUAAUUUUACAGGAUGUUAUGUGAUUUUGUUUGUUGGUUGGACGUCAUCAUUAAUUUCUGAACACGUAAUGUAG